GAAGUAACGAUACACCCCGCGAUCUCACAGGAUCACAUCAGUGUGUCUCGGCACGGCCAACCACGUCGCCCACCUGCCUAAUUAGUGUAACAUCGUGCCCUGCACAGGCUCUGGUCGAGCACACCCAAAAGCAGCACCCAGCCCGCACCGGCUUGGCCAAGGUCACGGCGUCCUGCUCUCAACUGGACCCUCGCUUGCCCACUUCGGGACUGUCACAUUGUCCCAGCUCUCGCCAAUCAUUCCCUCUACCCUCGAGUUUGGUCUGUCUAACCUGCACCUUUCACCUGUCCCCAGACGACGUUUGGCGCUUCGAAGCAGGCUCGCGCACCUAGCCAACUCGAACAGCGGCUUGCCCCUCACGUCGGCGUUUCCUGACAAUAUAAUUGUGUGGGAGCUCGCAUACGAGAGUCUGAGCUGCCGCAUUCCCGCAGCUAGGUAACACUACCUACAUAACACUACAUAACCCCAACCCGGCCAGGUCAGCUCUCCGAAGUUCCGCGCGCCAUACGCUGGAAGUCUUUCUGGCCGUCCCGCAACUCGACCAGUACAUCGCUGCCGUAAGAUACCGCGGACAGGCAAACCCCGUCAGCCAAGAUGUCUCUCGCACGCGCUUUCACGACGAGGCGAAAGCAGCCUUCGCACGACGCGAGCCUUCUGCCCCAGCGAAGCAACACCACCAAGGCCACGGUUCGUAGCAAGAUCUCUGGUCCCAUGGCGCUCACGCACACGACGAACAUGCUCGCCUUCAACGCACCAGACCUGUACCCUCGGUCGGAAUCUUCGCCGACGGAAUCUUCCAAGUCCGACGACGACUACUCCGAUAGCCCGCGGACCAGCGCAUCGUCGCCGCCGACGAGCCCAGACGUCCCAUCGGCACACGGACGGCCUACUACGCCGGAGCCCAACCAUCUCUCGUGCUACUUCGUCGCGCCCGGAAACAAGUCGCCAACGUCGAACCCGGAGGAGGCCCCGAGCAUCCCGAAGCGCGCGCCGUCGCAUACCAAGAAGGCGUCGUACGACAACCUAGUGAACAAGUUCUCGCGCCUCUCGAAUCAAUCAGUCAAGUCCAUCUCCACCAAGGCCAGCUUCACCCUCUCCCGCUCGUCUUCGACCUCGACGACAGCCACCUCGGUCUCGUCCGGGACCUUUUCGAGGAAGCCGUCGGUCAACUCGACCCCGGCGGUCCCCACGGUGACGUCGCCGCCGCCGGUGCGCCCCGGCUUCCGCCGGCAGGUGGAGUAUCCCGAGUCCCAGCACCCGUUCGGCAACGAGUUGGCGCAGGUGACGGAGCUCGCGGAGGAGCUAGGGGUGAGGGAAAAGAUGCAGGCCAUAGACGAGGAGGAGCAAGCGCUCCUCUCGCAGGGGCUCUGCCGAUUCCGACCGGAGGACUACCUAGCCGAGGUUCACGGCCUCUUCUCGACCUUCUUCCGACCGGAGCGUCCCGAUUUAGAGCCGUUAUGGAUUUAAAAGUAACAGUAAAAAAUUAAAACAAAAUAAAAUAAAAACAAGGACCGAGGACAUACGG